AUGUUUUCGUCUAUUGGUGAAAUUUUUGGCGAUCCAGGAGUGAACGAGUACAACGAAUACGAUUCGACCAGGCUGAACGAUGGAAAGUAUUGGUCCACGGAGCUGAUCAAUAUUCCGUUCCUUGACCGCAGUACGAACGGCUCGCUACUCGAUCUGGAAGAUUCCCCACCGACGUACGACGAGUAUUAUACGUCAAAGUUCACUUCAUCAACAGUCCAUCCCGUGGAAAUAGCCGGUAUUUCCCCCCCAUCGACGGUGCUUCCCCAUGACCGCAAGACUACGGUUUCACAAUGGGAAAAGACAACGGUUUUGACCAUGCAUCAGCCCCAUACCAUCGAUCCCAACAGGUCGCCAACAUCCGGCAAUGGAGAAUCUGUGACCUCCGGCUGCGGUGUAGCAACGAAACGCUCGCGCACAGCAUUUACCAGCUCCCAGUUAGUGGAGCUAGAGAAGGAAUUUUCCUCAAAUCGCUACCUUUGCCGGCCACGGCGCAUUGAACUGACUCGUAAACUGGCGCUGACCGAGCGACAGAUUAAAAUAUGGUUCCAGAAUCGCCGCAUGAAACACAAGAAAGAAAGCUCCAACUUGAAGGAUGUGAACAAGAUGAAAGGCCCUUGUCACUGUACUGAAGGGGACUCUUCGAUGUCACCGAAAAUGUCGUCGCCAUCGUCUCCCCAUCAUGCUCAUAGCGACGCUGAUCGGAAUGGUCAUCAGAGUAUCGUUAACAGACUUAUGGCUCACUCCACCUACGCGCCCAGAAUAAUUGGUUACAGUAGCAAUAAUGGUAGUGGGAAUCCUUUCCCCAAAGAAAACCAAUUUCAAUACAAAGAUUCGCUGCCCAACAAUACAGAGCUAAUGUAUCAAUACGUGAACAAUGAUGUCGAAACCUCCAAUGCUGAGCCCCUACCGUGCGAUGACCUUUUGGAUCAAUCGGAUUUAAUCCUUUCUUCUGAUCCCGAUACGGACGCCGAGCUGAAGGAUCUGGAAAGCUACGCCUUUUUCCCGUCCAUCAUCCAGGCACUUGAGUCCAGCAUGCUUCCCCUUCCACCGUCCAUCUCGACCAAGACAACGCCGAUUGAUGAAUCACUUGAGGAAACUUCCCAGAUGACUAUGAUCCCGAUGGAAUCAUCAUCUUCUGAACCGAUAGCAGCCAACCCUUUGAAUGAUUCCCCGUUUCAAUUUCUUGUGGGCACUAAUCAACUAACGCCAGAGACGGGCGCUUCCUCCGGCAACAUCGUAAGCGUCAGUGCACCAUCUGUCACUAUUCAGUGGGGCAAUGGGAACCACCAAAAACAUCACCACACACCCAACCAACCACAGCAAACACCUUUCCUUGGGGAUUCGAAUAACAACAAGAGCAGCAACAGCUUCGCAACUCUCUCGACUGCCCACCAACAGAAGCACCACAUUCCAUCAUCAAUUAAACAGCAACAUCAGCAUCCUGCUGGGGUACGAGCUUCCUUGCAUGUGACUACCAUGGCACCGGCGUCAAGCACGACAACGACAAUGCCGACAAAUUCAUCGGGUAAUGGUGGUGGUUGCGUCUUCUUAGAUCUGUAG